GUGCAGGGUGGUCCUCGGAGAAGAGGUGCGUCCAGAUGCCAGAGAGGCACAGCUGUGGAGCGCGCGCAGGACGGGGAUAUAAGAGUCACGCGCUCCGGAGGAACUCUACAGGACUCGCGACGAGCGCGUUCACAGCUGGUCAAUGUGAUGCAGUGAUGUGAAGAGCAGCAUGAUCUCUCCUGUCAACAGGUGAGAGGAUCCUGCUCAGAGAGGAAUCAGAUCUGCGGGAUUCUACAGCCGGGGACUAUAUGAGGACUAGACUGAACUGAGUCGGGCUCCUGAGGGCCGCAGCGGAUCAUGAGCUGGGGCCACACUCUGCUCCAACACUUCUCCAUUCAGCAUCUGCUCUGACUUCUGUGGUGAUAUGAGGAGGAGGAUGGCCUCGGAGGUGGUGUGUGGACUCAUCUUCAGACUGCUCCUGCCAGUGUGUCUGGCCGCAGCAUGUUUGUUCCGCUACAACUGGCUGUCCUUCGUCUACCUCAUCUUCCUCUUACUCAUCCCUCUCUUCGCCGAGCCGACAAAGACUACAAUGCAAGGGCACACAGGGCGCUUGCUGAAAUCCCUGUGCUUCACCAGUAUGACGUUCCUGCUGCUGCACAUCAUCUACCAAAUCACAAUCAACAGUCUGUUAGCAGGAGACAACAUCCAGCCCGACUUCAACUGUUCAUCGUGGGAGAGAUCAAUACGACAGCUGGGCUUUGAGAGUGUCCGAGGUGCAGACGCCGGGAAUGGCAUCCGAGUGUUCAUCCCGGACAUCGGCAUGUUUGUGGUGGGUCUGGUGACGUGGCUCCUGUGUCGCAGUCUGGAGAAUGUGUCUCAGCUCGACAGCGACUUCGAGGAAGACAAUCAGGAAAAGGAGGACGAGGACGAAAACAAGAAAAGUGAGAAACUGGAGCUUGAGGAUGAUCUGCUGUUCGAAGACUUCGAGCUGGGCGAUGAAGACUGUGAGCUUCCUGUGGAGGAGGAAGUGGACGAAGAGGACGGAGAACUUGAGGAGGCCGAUGUCGAAGAAAGUACCAAAAUGAAGAUCCUGCGGCAAAUAGCAGACGUGGCGUCCAAACUCAAAGAAAUCAUUGGCAAUCUGAUUACCACGGCAGGAAAAGUAGUCGUAACCAUAUUAUUGGGGCUCACAGGGAUGAUGCUGCCGUCUCUGACCUCCACGGUGUACUUCUUCACCUUCCUGGGGCUGUGCACCUGGUGGUCUUUCUGCCGCAGGUUCGACCCGCUCCUCUUCAGCUGUCUGUGUGUCCUGAUGGCCAUCUUCAGCGCCGGACACCUCAUCGUGCUCUAUCUCUACCAGUUCCAGUUCUUCCAGGACGCCGUUCCUCCUGGAAACAGUUACGCCAGUCUGUUUGGCAUCUCUCCCGUGGUUCAGACGGACUGCUCUCACACCUGGAUGUUCAGAGUCAACCCUGACCUGGAGUGGCAUCACUUUGUCAAUCCCAUCAUGCUCUUGGUGCUGUAUUACACUCUGGCCACGCUCAUCCGCCUCUGGCUGCAGGAGUCAGGAGACACGCAGGUCCAAGAGAAGCAGGGAGCGACGGAGGGCCGAGAGGAACCAGAAUCUCCUGUCGUUUACAGCGCAGAGAAGAAGAGGCAGCUGUGGCGAAUGGCUCAUUAUCGCACAGAUGAGAGACAUCUGCUGACCACACGAGACGGCCGCAGCACCCCCGAGGUGUUGAUCGUGACGUCGAACGGAGCCUCGCUGGACUUCAACGGCCCGAGGUCUGUGGAGCUCUACUCAACGCCUCAUUACAGAGCGGACCGAGCCCAGUCUGGAGACCAGAAAGUUGACUGCGGUGUUUAUGAGAUUGACUCGGUGUAUGUCGAGCUUCCCGAGGUUCAGCCGUUCGGUGUUGUUCGUGUGAACGCGGCGGUCAAGGCCUUCAGGUUCAUCAUGAAGCAGAGCUACAUCUGUGCUCUCAUCGCCAUGAUGGCUUGGAGCAUCACGUACGUGAGCUGGCUGACCUUCGUCUUCCUCAUCUGGUCCUGUGUUCUGUGGAUGGUGAGGGACCGGAGGAAAUACUCCAUGAUCACUUCUCCGUUCAUGGUGUUUUACGGGAACCUGCUCAUCGUCCUGCAGUACAUCUGGAGCUUCGAGUCGCUGCAGCCGGUUCCUGGACUCUUCCUGAAGAAAGAAGUGCCUUUCCGGGAACUGGGAUCGAAAACCUUGUGCCUCCUCAGUUUCUGGCUGCUGGUGAGGCAGUUUCUGACGGAGAGGAGAGAGAGACAGACGGAUGAAACACAGCUGUCUGACGUCAAAGUCGAGGAACACACAAUCGAGGGUCUGCAGGACGAGGCCGGUGGACACAGAGAGAUGAUGGAUGUUUUGGGCCGUACAGUCAUGGCUAUGCUCAACAAAUACUGGAUCUACAUCUGUGGAGGAAUGUUCUUCUUCGUCAGCUUUGAGGGACGCAUCGUCAUGUACAAGAUCAUUUACAUGAUGAUGUUUCUCUUUUGUGUGGCACUCUAUCAGCUGCACUAUGAGAAGUGGCGCUGGAUGCUGAAGUAUUUCUGGAUGUCAGUGGUGGUUUACACCAUGCUGGUGCUCAUCCUGGUCUACACCUUCCAGUUUGACUCCUCCAUAAACGUCUGGUCCAACAUGACAGGCAUGAGCAGAGAGAAGCUGGAAGAUCUGGGUCUGGAGAAGUUCUCUGUUCCUGCUCUGUUCACGCGGAUCUUCAUUCCCACCUCGUUCCUGCUGGUCUGCAUCCUGCAUCUGCACUACUUCCACGAGCGCUUCCUGGAGCUCACCGACAUCAAAUCUGUGGCAGACAAACAGAAGAGCACUAUCUCCAGGCUCGUUCAUCUGGAUGGCAGUCUGGUGGACAUUUCCAUGGUCAAACCUUCGUUCGACUCCAUAAACGAGGAGGAGCCUGAGGAGAGAGUAGAUCUGGAGGAGGAGGAGGAGGAUGAUGACGAGGAAGAGGAGAUGUCUGAGCCACACUUCAGCUGCUCGGAGACAGCAGAUCCGGAGCAGGCCCAGGGUUCAGAGCUGAAGAGUAAGUGGCAUCUGGUGCUGGAGCGUCUGACCGUGCUGUUCCUCAAGCUCCUGGAGUGUGUUCAGAAGCUGCAGCUCUUCAUCUGGUGGCUGCUGGAGCUCCACAUCAUCAAGAUCGUCUCGUCCUACAUCAUCUGGGUCUCAGUCAGAGAGGUGUCUGUGUUUAACUAUGUGUUCCUGGUGAGCUGGGCCUUCGCUCUGCCCUUCAGUCAGUUCAGACCUCUGGCGUCCAGCGUCUGCACCGUCUGGACCUGCGUCAUCAUCGUCUGUAAGAUGCUGUACCAGCUGACCUCCAUCAACCCGUCCUCGUACUCCAGGAACUGCAGUAUGCCGGAGAACUACACAGAUGCUCAGCGCUCAGACAUGACCAGAUCUCUGCUCUACAGCGGCCCGGUGGAUCCGGCAAACUGGAUCGGCCUCAGGAAGUUCUCCCCACUGCUGGAGAAUCUGAGGAAUAACCUACUGAUGCUGGCUCUCUUGGCGUUUGAAGUGACCAUAUACCGUCACCAGGAUUUCUACCGAAUGAAAAACAACCUCACUCCUCCGGUCACAAGAACCAUCUUUCACAACAUCACACGUCAACAUCUGGAUGACGGCAUCCUCAACUGCGCCAAAUAUUUCAUCAACUACUUCUUUUACAAAUUUGGUCUUGAGACCUGUUUUCUGUUAGCGGUGAAUGUGAUCGGCCAGCGGAUGGAUUUCUAUGCCAUGCUGCACGCGUUCGGUCUGAUAGCGGUGAUGUAUCAGCGGAGGAGAAAAGCCAUCGCCUGCGUCUGGUCCAAGUAUUGCUGCUUCCUGGCCUGCAUGUUAGCCUUCCAGUACCUGAUGUGCAUCGGCAUCCCGCCUGCGGCCUGCACAGACUAUCCGUGGAGACGGCCUUCUUCCAACAUGGACUCAAACGUCAUCAAGUGGCUUUACUUCCCCGACUUCCACACCAAACCCAACUCCCUGUUCCUCCUCUAUGACUUCAUGCUGCUGCUGUGUGCGUCGAUUCAGGGGCGUGUGUUUGAGGAGGAGAGCGUGACGGCCGUGCAGCUGCUGGCGGGUGAUAAUGUGGAGAUCUGUCGAGAUCUGGACGCCGCCAGCUUCAGCCAGCACAACCCUGUGCCCGACUUCAUCCACUGCAGGUCGUACCUGGAUAUGCUGAAGGUGAUCAUGUUCAGCUACAUGUUCUGGUUCGUCCUCACCAUCAUCUUCAUCACGGGCACCACACGCAUCAGCAUCUUCUGUAUGGGAUACCUGGUCGCCUGCUUCUACUUCUUGAUCUUUGGGGGCGAGCUGUUACUGAAGCCAAUCAAAAGCAUCCUUCAUUACUGGGACUUCCUCAUAGCAUACAACGUCUUCGUAAUCACCAUGAAAAACAUUCUCUCGAUCGCGGCGUGUGGAUAUAUUAAAGCGCUGGUGGCCAAUCACUGCUGGCUGAUCCAGUUAUUCAGUCUGGCCUGCACUAUUCAAGGAUAUUCAAAGCCGGAGCAGAACGCAAAUAAACAGUGUGAGCUGCCGAGUGACGAGGCCGGGAUCAUCUGGGACAGCAUCUGCUUCGCCUUCCUGCUGCUGCAGAGGAGGGUCUUCAUGAGCUACUACUUCCUGCACGUCGUAGCAGACAUCCGUUCCUCUCAGCUCCUCGCCUCCAGAGGAGCGGAGUUGUUUCAGGCGACCAUUGUGAAGGUGGUUAAAGCCAGAAUAGAAGAAGAGAAGAAGUCCAUGGAUCUGCUGAAGAGACAGAUGGACCGCAUCAAGAGCCGACAGCAGAAGUUUAAGAGAGGUAAAGAGAGGAUGCUGUCUCUGGUGCAGGAGAGUGGCGAGAGUCACUCACUAGUCCAGGAGGAAGAGGACGAUGAUGAAGGAGAGAACAGCAAGGAGAAGAAGAAAGACAGAAGGAAGCAGUGGUGGAAGCCUUGGGUUGACCAUGCGUCCAUGGUCCGAAGUGGCAAUUAUUACUUAUUCGAGACAGAUAGUGAGGAAGAGGAGGAAGACGAGGACAAAAACGAUCAGGAACCUCCCAAAAGAUCAGCGUUCCAGUUUGUGUAUCAUGCCUGGAUAACUGACUCGAAAACUGCCAUGAAAGAGCAAAGUAAGGAAAGACGGCGAUUCUGGCAAAGGUACACGGAGGGCAGAGCAAGCAAGAAGAACCAAAAGGAAGUGCAUGUGGCCAUUGAGGAAGAAGAUCAGGAUGAAGCUGUUACAGAGGAGGAGGUAUCAGAAGGACCAGAUAACAUCCUGAAGCGAGUGUUCAACAUUGUGAAGUUCUCCUGGGUGCUCUUCCUGGCCCUGCUGGACAGUUUCACCGCCUGGCUCAACUCCAUCUGCCAGGAACACAUCGAUAUCUCCACCGUCCUGCGGAUCGAGCGCUGCAUGCUCACUCAUGAGGUCAAAAAGGGGAACAUUCCAUCGCGGGACAGCAUCCACACGUACUACCAGAGACAGAUGUGCAGGCCAGCGUCCACCCAGUCCAGCCUGGACCGGACUGAGGACAUGUACUCGGACUUCAGCCCCCUCCGGAGCCAGGCUUACGAGUCCGAUCUCUCCAGAGAAAACCUGUCCAGUGUGUACACAGAAUCCACUGUGCCGUUCGAGUCUGAGGAAACCAGUGAGCGCGUUCUCAAAACCAGCCAGCGAUCUCGACCCAGACUCUGCCGUCUGUCCGGUGUAGACCUGCAGUCGUCGUCUGCAGACAGUGCAGCCAGUGACCACACACAGUGCACUGAGCUGUACUCACGACAGGGCACCAGUGACACCGUCGAGGAGGCUGUGAGAGAGCAUACACACACACUGUGGACGCAGGGCGCAGCGGACAUCCCUCCGUCCUACAGUAAAGCCACGGGCCUGGACUCAGUGUGUGACGCAGAGGGAAGGAGGCUGAGGAUCCAAACACCGGAUGAGAAGAGCGCUGAUGUUCUGCUCUCAAAGAGCCAGCAGCUGACGGCCAGUGAACUGCUGCGGAGCAGGAUGUUCUAUGACGAGGAGCUGGAGGCGUCGGAGCUCUUCUAUCGCUCUCAGCCACAGUUCCUCCAGCUCUGCUACGCUCUCUACAACAUGCUGGUGGCUCACUCUGAGAUGGUGUGUUAUCUGGUCAUCAUCCUCAACCACAUGAUCUCUGCAUCGGUGGCCACGCUGGUGCUGCCCAUCCUCAUCUUCCUCUGGGCCAUGCUGUCUGUUCCCCGGCCCAGCAAACGCUUCUGGAUGACCGCCAUCGUCUACACAGAGGUCACCAUAGUCAUCAAGUACUUCUUCCAGUUUGGCUUCUUUCCGUUUAACCAGACCAUAGGGAUGGAAAAAUCCAAACCCUUCCACCCGCCCAACAUCAUCGGUGUGGAGAAGAAAGAGGGCUACGUCCACUACGACCUGAUCCAGCUGCUGGCGCUCUUCUUCCACCGCUCCAUCCUGAAGUGCUACGGUCUGUGGGAUGAAGAUGAGCCCAGGUCAGGAGGUCAGACGGAGGUCUCUCAGCGCUCUGAUUCAGACAGUGAAGAGAAAGAGGCCUCACCAGUCUUCAGAAAACCCCUCCACAGCAAGACCCCGGUGCCACGGCAGACCUCCAGCGUCUCUCAGCGCUCGGCCCGCUCUAGAGCAGGCCGCAGCGGCUCCGGGACGAGUCUGCGUUCACUGAGCGCUCAUCAGAAGAGCCGCAAGCAGCUGGUUUUGGACAAGCUCAGAGAACAGCUGAUCAAAGCAAAGCGCUUCACCGUCAAGACGAUCCUGGACAUCUAUCUUCCCAUCCGGCAGUUCUUCUAUAACCUGAUCCACCCGGAGUACAGCGCCGUGACCGACGUCUACGUGCUCAUGUUUCUGGCCGACACCGUCGACUUCAUCAUCAUCGUCUUCGGAUUUUGGGCUUUCGGGAAGCACUCUGCCGCCGCUGACAUCACUUCCUCUCUGUCGGAGGACCAGGUUCCCGAGGCCUUCCUGGUGAUGGUGCUGAUCCAGUUUGGGACGAUGGUGGUGGACCGUGCGCUGUACCUGAGGAAGACCGUGAUGGGGAAGGUCAUCUUCCAGGUCAUCCUGGUCUUCGGCAUUCACUUCUGGAUGUUCUUCAUCCUCCCAGGAGUCACCGAGAGGCGUUUCAGUCAGAACAAAGUCGCCCAGCUCUGGUACUUCGUGAAGUGCAUCUACUUCGGUCUGUCGGCGUAUCAGAUCCGCUGCGGUUACCCCACACGCGUGCUGGGCAACUUCCUGACCAAGAGCUACAACUACCUCAAUCUCUUCCUCUUCCAAGGGUUUCGGUUGGUGCCGUUCCUGACGGAGCUGCGGGCGGUGAUGGACUGGGUCUGGACCGACACCACGCUCAGUCUGUCCAGCUGGAUCUGUGUGGAGGACAUCUACGCUCACAUCUUCGUGCUCAAGUGCUGGAGGGAGUCGGAGAAAAGGUAUCCCCAGCCUCGAGGACAGAAGAAGAAGAAGGUGGUGAAGUACGGGAUGGGGGGGAUGAUCGUGAUGCUGCUCAUCUGCAUCGUCUGGUUUCCUCUGCUCUUCAUGUCUCUGGUCAAGUCUGUGGCUGGAGUGGUCAACAAACCGCUGGACGUGUCUGUCACCAUCACGCUGGGCGGCUUUCAGCCCAUCUUCACCAUGAGUGCGCAGCAGAAUCAGCUGAAGGACAUCACUGACAGAGAUUUCAUCAGCUUCAUGAAUUCAUACAGACACAAUUCUAGUGCACUGCAGUUCUUGGAGGCGUAUACGGCGGAGGACGUGACCGUGGCGGAGCUGGAAGGAAGCUCCAACUCUCUGUGGACCAUCAGCCCCCCGAGCAGGAAGAACCUGAUGGACGUCCUGAGCAAAGAGGACCAGUUUCCUGUCACCAUGUCCUGGAGCAUCCAGAGGAAUCUCAGUUUGGGAGCAAAGGCUGAGUUUGCAGUGGACAAACACAUCACAUAUCUGGACAUGAACACUAGACAGGAGCUGGUAGCGUUACUCAAUGGAACCAGAAAUAAACCUGUGGUCAUAGAGAAAGUGUUUCCCUGCUUUAUUCGAGCACCGAGUGACUCAAACGCCAAACCCGUGGAUCAGCUCUAUACAGAUGAGGGUUAUAAGAGCAUCCAGCUGGACUUGGAGAGGUCUCACACCGGCAGUGAGGACAUUCAGGAGUGGUGGAUCGUGGACCAGCCGUCCGCAGCAAAGAUCCAGAUGAGAUCCGAGUCCAAGCUGGAGAAGAAGAGAGGAGCAGGACUGCAGCUGUACGUCUUCAGUGAUAAAGUCAGUCCUCCCAGCCUGGGCUUCCUGGCAGGAUAUGGGAUCAUGGGCCUCUACGCAUCCGUGGUGCUGGUGAUCGGGAAGUUCGUCCGCGAGUUCUUCAGCGGCAUCUCACACGCCAUCAUGUUCGAAGAGCUUCCGUGCGUCGACCGCAUCCUCAAACUCUGCACAGACAUCUUCCUGGUGCGGGAAACCGGCGAGCUGGAGCUGGAGGAGGACCUGUACGCCAAACUCAUCUUCCUUUACCGCUCGCCGGAGACCAUGAUCAAGUGGACGAGGGAGAAGACCAAAUGAGCCUCCUGGGAUUGACUAAAAAACCCAACGAUCCCAAAGAAGGAUGCUGCUUCUCACAGGAGGGCUGUAUUAAAGACUGCGAGGUUCAGCUGCCUACUACGAGACCUUCAGGUGAAACCGCUGUACCAAAGCGUCCUGACCGAGAGCCGAGGCUUUAAUGAGCUGUAGCGCCACCUGUCUGUCGGGAGAUUCGUUAAUCAUGCGAUGUGCAAUAUACUGUCCUGGAAGCUGUCCGUAAACUUGAACAGAGAAGGGAGACGGUGACUGAAGACUAGCCACUUUUUUUAAUCUGAGAAAACUGGCCCCAGAAGUGCUUGGCUUCGUGAGACGACACAACAUUGAAAUACUGAUCUCUCCGAGCUCGAUUUAAGGCUUGAACGGAGGACUGAAGUAUACGCUCAUCAGGAUUCGUCGUGUGAUUGUGGACCAAUAUCACGAGCAUAACGCACAUUCUGGAAACCAAAUGUUGUCUUAUUUGUCUGUCUACCUGUUGCACUUUUUAGUUUUUGUUUAAACGUAUAUUUAAAUGACUAUUUUUUAUGCAUAAUUCUGCAGAAACUCAGACGUCACUGUAAAAGGCAUUCGAAAUCACAGAUUCUCUUUAUUCAAUGAUAUUCUGAAACCAAGCAAAUCUACAAAGUUUCCUUGCAAUUUCAAAGCACACCUUCUCAUUAAAAAACGAAAACAAACUGCAACAAGAACUAAGGUUGUUUCACAUGUUCAUUUAAGGCAUUAGAUGCAUUUAUUUGCGGCAUCCUGCUUCAUUUUCUGACAAGGUUUCACAUGAAAAAGUUAAGAAUGAAUGGAAUAAGUUUAAAUAAUAUUAAAGCUACAAACACAAUGUACAGUAAAUACCUUCCCUUUUUUUUUUAAGGUAAGACAGGCACUGUUACUUGAUUCCAGCAUAGAGAAUAUUCCUAUGAUAGUGUAUAACUUAAAAUAAUGAGUUGUAUAGUAUUGAAAUACUGUACAUAUAAAGACUCCUGAUUCUCCCACAGAAGCUGUUCGUCAGGUUUGGGUUUAUGCAAGCUUGUAUCCUCCAUGCAAUAAAAGAUCAAUAAAAAUAAAGGUCACUGCAACUUUAAGCUCACAA